UAUGCACAAUUUUAUCAUAUCUGUCGUGGGUGAUAACUGAGACUGCGAGCGUAUUUAUGAAGCAUAGGUAGUCUGGAGGCGCUGUGUGGGUUGUUUAGAAUAUCUGACCAUAUAAAAAGCGAUUAAUUAAUUCGGGAGUUGCGCAGUGUAGACUAACAGGAAAGGGCAUAUGAAUGAGCAACAUUAGAGGCGGUGUAUCUCCACACAGGCCCCUUCUAAGGUCAUUCUGUCAGAUGUUUUUUGGGUGUAUGCCUUAAUGGAUGCAGAUUGUGCAGUCAAUGAACGGCUGAUUUUAUGAAUGACUGCAAACGCCAAGUGACCGUUAGAAAAAAAAAUCAUAGUAACCCUUAGUAGUAAUCUCUGGAGUAUCGUAUACAUGCCAGAAAUAUCAAACUCUAAGGCUGUGAGAGACACAUACUGUUUUAAUGACUGUAGUCUAGGUCAUAGAGAAAGUGAUGCUUUUUUCCUUUCAGCAGGUCUUUGGACUCCUGGCAGAUACAGGAACACCAGGACCAUAUGAAAUCAUUCAUAAGAAGUUAGCUCAGAGAACGUGCAUAUGAAUGACUCUUCUGAUCAAAGGUUGUGAUUCCCAGUGCGGUGACUCUGCUGGGGACUGAGCUCAGAUGGUGGUCUGGUGUUUGUGCAUGUGGACUAAGGAUGUGGGAGUCAAGUCCACAGUGACAGGUCCCCGCUGACAGAUUCUGAUAUGGACUAUGAGAGGCCAAACGUUGAAACUAUCAAGUGUGUGGUGGUAGGAGACAAUGCCGUUGGGAAGACCCGCCUCAUCUGUGCCCGGGCCUGCAAUGCCACACUGACUCAGUACCAAUUACUUGCAACACAUGUGCCCACAGUCUGGGCAAUUGACCAGUACAGAGUAUGCCAGGAGGUAUUAGAGCGCUCCAGAGAUGUGGUGGAUGAUGUCAGCGUGUCCCUUCGCCUCUGGGACACAUUCGGGGACCACCAUAAGGACAGGCGUUUUGCGUAUGGCAGGUCUGAUGUGGUGGUACUGUGCUUCUCAAUCGCCAACCCCAACUCUCUAUACCAUGUGAAGACUAUGUGGUACCCAGAGAUCAAGCACUUCUGCCCCCGUGCUCCUGUCAUCUUGGUGGGCUGUCAGCUGGACCUGCGUUAUGCAGACCUGGAGGCAGUGAACAGAGCACGGCGGCCUUUAGCCAGACCCAUUAAAUCCAAUGAGAUUCUGCCUCCAGAGAGAGGCCGGGAGGUGGCCAAGGAGUUGGGAGUGCCAUAUUAUGAAACCAGUGUUGUUGCUCAAUUUGGAGUCAAGGACGUCUUUGAUAAUGCCAUCCGAGCUGCGCUCAUCUCACGCCGCCACCUGCAGUUUUGGAAAUCUCACCUCAGAAAUGUGCAGCGGCCUCUCCUUCAGGCGCCCUUCCUGCCACCAAAACCUCCCCCACCCAUAAUCACUGUGCCUCCUCCCCCAACCACCACCGAGGAGCAUCCAGUCGGUCUUCUGGAGGACCCACACUGUGCUGAUGUCAUCCUGGUCCUUCAGGAACGACAGAAAAUCUUUGCACACAAGAUAUACUUGGCGACGUCGUCUUCAAAGUUCUACGACCUCUUUAUUAUGGACACACAAAAUGAGGAGACUGAGCGACCCACCCGUGGCCCUCUCUCUGGCCGAGAGCUGCUGAUGCGUGCUGCUAGCUUUGACGUUUGCGAGAGCAGCGAUGAUGGAGACAGGGCCAACCUGAGGGCCUGCACCAGUGAUGGGACCUUGAAAGACUCCGAGGGUGGACGACGGGGCAGAAUGCUCUCCUCGUGGAGCCGAGCUUUCGUCAGCAUCCAGGAGGAGCUGGUGGAUGACCCUGUGACGUACAGCCCCAGGCCCAUGACUGUAGUGCACAUGGACCAGUCCAUGCAGCUGGGCCCUUUCCGAGCAGUACUGCGCUACCUGUACACAGGUCAGCUAGACGAGAACGAGAAAGAGCUAAUGCACAUUGCGCACAUUGCUGAGCUGCUGGAGGUCUUUGAUCUGCGGAUGAUGGUGGCAAACAUACUUAACAAUGAAGCCUUCAUGAACCAAGAAAUCACCAAAGCCUUCCACGUACGGCGCACAAACAGAGUCAAAGAGUGCUUGGCCAAAGGCACAUUUUCCGAUGUAGUAUUCAAACUAGAUGAUGGGACGAUCAUGGCCCACAAGCCUUUACUCAUCUCUAGUUGUGACUGGAUGGCAGCUAUGUUUGGCGGUCCUUUUGUGGAGAGCUGCACCAAAGAGGUGCUGUUUCCCAACACAACUCGCAGCUGCAUGAGGGCAGUGCUAGAAUAUCUGUACACGGGGCGGUUUUGUUCUCGGCCUGACCUGGAUGCAAUGGAGCUUAUUGUUCUUGCCAAUCGUCUUUGCCUCCCCCACCUGGUUGCACUUACAGAGCUCUACACAGUAACAGUAUUGACCGAGGCAGCAAUGAUGGGGGCUGACAUUGAUGGAGAUGUGCUGGUGUACUUGGAUAUGGCCCAGUUCCACGGUGCCCAACAGCUCACUGGCUGGUGUCUUCACCACAUUUGCACCAACUACAACAGCGUCUGCCGCAAGUUCCCCCGAGACAUGAAGGCCAAAUCUACAGAGAACCAAGAGUACUUUGAGAAACAUCGCUGGCCGCCUGUGUGGUACCUGAAAGAGGAUGACCACUACCAAAGAGCACGCAAGGAGCGCGACAAGGAGGACUACUUGUACCAGAGACGUCAGUGUAAACGCAAGUGGCUCUUCUGGAACCUUCCUUCCUCCCCGAACUCAAACUCUUCUUCGUCUGGCUCAUCCGCUGUCAUCUGACCGAGCGGUAAGGCCAGGUCCACUAUGGAGUGAGGAGCGUCAGUGGAUGCGGGCUGUGAAAGAUGCAACAGAAGAUAAGCACUGCAGGCUAGGUAUGCCCCAGUUAUUCAGGCACACAGUUUGUCCUCCUGUUUGUUUGCCUCUGCAGUCAAAAGGCACUCCUCCAGGUUUGCAAGGUCAGCUCAGUGUGGCGGUUAAAGUCAUGAGUUUUGUUCCUCAGAUUUCCAGCUUUGUGUAUAUGAGACUCAAACCUCAGUGAUAUGAACCUCACUGACAAAUGGCACAGUGUAACUGGCGCAAAUGACAACUCACAUUGAUUGUUAUAUAUUCCACCGCCCGAGUUUUAGGUUUUAAAAAUAAGACUCUGCUGGCACAGAACUUUUCCACCUAUGAUUCAUAAUUACCAUCAAUUAUCCUGAACUGAUAACCAAGUGCUGCUUAUCAGCUGCAACAACCAGCAAUUCAACACAGACCCUCUCAGUCUCAGAGAUAUAACACUUUGCCCUUAAGUGUUUGUACAAUCUACCAAACCAUGUGUACAGUGUGAUCUCAUCAACAGGAUGUAACAAUGAUAAAGCCUACCAGGAGUCGGUUAUUAAAGUCAUUCACUCUAACCAUGCUGAUUAAUGAUUGUGAACGCAUAAAUGAAAAUACUGGAAAGUUCCACUCCUGUUUGUUUUUGCUCAGUCCUUCUAAUUCUGAAUGUUUGUGUGCGGACGCACUCAGCAUUUAUGUAUUGUGAUCGUGCGAUUUGUGACCUCAUGUCAAAAAAAGGGCUUUAAGUUUACAUGAAUGCAUUCAGUGACCUGAGACGCAAGAGAUCCCAAAUCAAGGAAAAUAUCUGUAUUUUCUGUACAAUGCCAGCAAAAACAAACCAGAUCACUAUUAUUUCCUAAGCGAUGCUCGAUGAGGCUCGUUAGCACGUAUUUCCAGAGUCCCGUAGUUUUACGCUGAGUGACUCCAUCGGCUCGAUCAAAGCAACGCAAGAGCCAAUAGCAACAUUUCCAGAGCUAAAGCGACCACAUGUACGUUACCAGCCGUCUGUGACGAUGUGUCUCUUGCAUCUGUCCAUGGUGGUGAUUUGGCCUUUAUAGAUCUGUCUUAGUUGACGAGAGGAUGCCCCCUGACUGUCUGCAGUUGGCUGUGUUAGACUUUUACAUGCAGGAGGCUUCCUCAUGCCUGGGUGAAGUCGUCCAUACUCUUCUACACACCUCGAGCACUUUCUGGACUCUCCUCCACAGAGACACACACACCAAAACCUCCAGUAGCAGCAUCCUGGUGAACGGCACUAAGGACAGCAUGGUGUCGUGACACGCUGCAGUAAAUGUAAAGACAGGAACUGGGGAGGAUUGGAGACAAUAUAUUUAAGUUGUUCUGAGACCAUGAUAGUACAUUCGUUUUGCACACCAAACAUUAUAUGUAUGUUCAAGAUUGUCAUCUGCUGUUGUACUUGAUUGUAGGAUGGACUUGUUAGCAUGGUGCUCAGUGAAGAUGGGUAGUAUUGUAAAUUGUACAGAAUAUCAGAUGAACUGCAAGUAACUUGUAUCAGUCUAAUGUGCACUGCAGGCAGUGAGCAGAAUCGUACAGUAUUACUGAGUAAUACAAAUACUGAACAUAGACUUGACUUAUCAGACUUGCAUUUAGUUACUGUGCAGCUAUAAAGUGUUGUCAAAAUAACUGAAUACUCAUAGUGCUGACCUCCACUUAGAUCUGUUAUAUACUGUAGUACAAAUGCAAAUUACAGGCAGUUCAAAUGAACAGUUGACUAAUUGUAAAACCGGAUUACAGUGCAAAGAAACGUAGACACAUGUUUAUAUAAAUGACAUUAUGAAAACUUCAUCAAAAAAACAAAGACAC